AAUAGUUGGAUUGAUAUUUAUUAACUUUUAAAUGAUUAUUUUUAUUAUAGAAAAAGUAAAAUGGAGGUAAAUUCAAAAUUUGUAAGGAGCAAAUUUGAUAACACCGAUGAAAAAAAAAUCGAUAACGGUGAUCACAUUUUAUCGGAAUUAGAAACUGAUUUUAAACUUGGUACUGAUAAAUAUGAAAGAUUGAAAUUUGGUUUUGAAAUGGAAAAAAAUUGUUUGCUUAGGCAGAUUCAGUAUUACGAAGAAAUGCAAAACAAGAGUCAAAUUUUGUACAAUCAAACCAUAACUUACAUAAACAACUUAUCAUCUGAAAAUGUUAUUUUGAAAAAACAGUUAGACGAAAUGAAAAAUAUCGAUAUGGAAAAUAGAUUUUCACAAAAAGAAAAUUUUUCGCAAAGAGAUAUUUUUACUACGGAACAAUUUAAUCAGAUUUUGAUCGAUAAACAAAAUUUGUUAAAACAACAGGAAUCGCUAUUACAAGAAUAUCAACAGCAAAUAGCUCGUCUUUCAACUGAUAAUAAAAUUUUGUUAGAAAAACUCGACACAGAACGUCAAACUGUCAUUUCGUUGCAGAACGAAAGAAAAAUUUAUUUAGAGGAAAGAUCAUUACUGAAAGUAAUAUUUGAGCACAUGAAAAAUGAAAUAACCCGUCUUCAAAAACUGGAAGAAACUAUAUCAGAUGUCAGCGACGAGGCCAAUAAGUUAGCCAUUGUGGCUGAAUAUAACAAAGAACUCGGUAAAAAAUUAAAAACAGAAAUAGAAGAAAAAGAUAAAACUAUUUUGACCCUUCGUAAUACCAUCGAACAUUUAAACGACAUCCAAUUGAAAAAUACGAAAGAAAAAGUGUCGUUAUGUUUCGAACUUUCCGAAUUGUCUCAGAUAAAAGACAAACUUGACAAUCAACUGUCAAAUGUCGUUAAGAAAAAUGAAGAAUUAGACGAGGCCAAGCAAGAUAUAGUUCGAUGUACAAGCAAUCAGCUCGAAAAAUUUGAGAAAGUUCAGAGAAAAGAGAGAAUUGCUUUUAAAGAGUUACUUAAGGAUAUGAAAUUAGUAACUAAACAGAGAAAUUCGUUGAUUAAAGAAAGGGAAAUCACAAUAAAAGAGCUUGAUUCAAUGAAAAAAUUAGUCGAUGAUUACGCUAAGAAAAUUGAUUAUUUAUUAUCGAUAAAAGAAGAAAAUGAAUAUACAUUGAUUACUUUGUUAAAAAGACGUGAGGAGGAUGAUUUGAAGAUUUGUAAAUUGCAAGAUAAAUUGAGGUUAGAAACCGGAACUUACGUAGAAAAUGUUAAGCAGUUGGAAAAGUUGAUUUUCGAGCUGAGAAAAGAGAAAACUGAUAUGGAAGACAGUAUUAAUUAUUUAAAAAACAACACUCAAAAAUUAUACGAUGAUCUAAAUUCCUCUAGAAGUAACGAAAAAGAACUCAAAGAUACGUUAAAUUCAUGUUUAACUGAAAAGAAAUUGUUGGAAGAGGCGAUUAUCAAAAGCGGACAUGUUAUAGCGAAUCUUACAACGGAUAAAGAUAAUUUAACGCAAGAAUUACAAAAAUCGAAUGAAUUUUGCGAGAAAAUUUUAUCCGAUUUAGAAAAAAAUUUAAAAAACACAACCGAAAAAGAAGAAUUAUUAAAAACCGAAUUAGACGAGAAAAAAGAAAUGUUGCUGCGAAGCGAUAUUAAAAACGAGCAGUUGAUAAAGGAAGUUAUAGACAAAAAAGAACAAUUAAUACGUUUACAGAAUGAUUUAGAAAAAAUCAAAUCAGAAAAUAUACGUUUUCAAGAGAAAAUCGAUCAUUUUUCAACUAUAAAAUUGAAUGUCAUCGAAUUAACUGAAAAACUUGAGCAGGAAAAAACAUCAUAUGCAGCUUUAUCUGACAUACAUAAAGAAAUAUCGACCAAGUUUAUAGAAAGCGUGAAGAAAAACGUGCAAGAGAAAGAAGCAAGAUUAGAAAUUGAAAAAAAAUUAGAACAAGUUAAAGAACAACUUAAGAGGAUUCCAACUGAAAAAGUUGUAUAUUUGGAAGACAAUGUCACCUAUCAAGACGAGAUCAAAGUUAUAACAGCUGAAAAUGAAAAACUCAAAAAAGAAUGCCAAGAAAAUCAAAAUUUAAUAUUUUCUCUAAGGCGAGAUAUAGCCCAAUAUCAACAACAACUUAUUGGAUUGGAAUUUCAAAAGUCUGAGGUGACGCUUCGAUUACAUGAACUUCAAAAAAAAUAUGAAAUUCAGGUGAAUUUGUGCGAUCAACUUCAAAAUAUUCAAAAAGUAAUUUUAGAAACGAUAUAUAAACUUAAAGAAAAUGAAUUAAUUGAUCAAGAACAGUGUAGCAGUUUAAUUAAUGUAAUGAAAAUUUAAAAAAAAAAUAAAAUUUUCCGAAAAAA